ACAGGAGUGGAAGUGUCAUGAGGCUGUGGCAGUGGGCGUGGGCAUGGGUGUGGCUGGUUGGGCUGGGGGCCAUAGAAACAGCACCCAGCCAGGAGAGCACCAACACCGUGGCUCGGGGAGCAGAGUCUCUGUACUUCAUAGACAGACCCGACUUCUUUGAUUACCCAGACUCAGACCAAGCCAGGCUCCUGGCUGUGGCCCAGUUUAUUGGAGAGAAACCGGUCAUCUUUGUUAACUCAGGAUCCAACUCCGAGUUCUUCCAUCACAUCUUGGUGGGCGCUCUGGUAGUGGCCUUCUUCUUCCUGCUUUACCAGUUCUGCACACAUAUGAGCUGUGAGAGAGGGGCCUGAGGAGCCGCACAAGGGCCCAGGACUCUGCCCUGAGUGCCCAAACCCACCCUCCUCUCCUGCUGAUGAAUAAAAGUCUACUUUUUCCUUCCCUGGUUGCUCCAUU